UAGGACAGCAGCUUCUCUUCGGGCUCAGAUAGGGUUCAGCUCCUCUGCGCCCGCAACGCAAAGCCCCUUGUUGGCUUCUCAGGGGAAGCAUAGAGCAGCAACGAAGAAGAGUAGGGUGGCGAUGAUGGCUUCCAGGCUCCGGCUCCACCUUAGACUGGUUGGGAUCCGGCCAAGCUGCUAUCCUCCUUCCCGUGCAUUUGCAGCUGUCAGAGCUCAAAAGAUUCAGCUCCCCAGGAAAAAAAGGCGACUGGAUGAAGUCUGCUUGGAAAGGUUUCAACAAUAUAGUAGAACAUACAUCCAGUCAUGGAUUCUUCAAGGUAAAGUCAUUGUGGAUGGAAGAGUUGUGAAUAAAGCUGGAACACAAGUAUCUGACAAGUCAGUCAUUGAAAUUAAGGCUGAAAUCCCAAAAUAUGUAUGUAGAGCGGGACAUAAGCUUGAGGCAGCUAUCAAAGAAUUUGGUAUUGAUUGUGAUGGAAAGAUAGCUCUUGAUUCAGGAUUAUCCACAGGCGGCUUUACAGACUGUUUACUUCAGAAUGGAGCAUCACAUGUUUAUGGUGUAGAUGUUGGCUACGGACAGGUGGCCGAAAAAAUUCGUACACAUGAGCGUGUUUCAGUGAUUGAACGUACAAAUUUGAGAUAUCUUUCUCAAUUGCCACAACCAGUUGACUUGGUGACACUGGACCUAUCAUUUAUCUCAAUUCUAUUGGUUAUGCCUGCUGUUAUCAAAGUAAUGAAGAUGGACUCUACAUUGAUAACACUUAUCAAGCCUCAGUUUGAAGCUCGUAGAUCACAGGUAGGAGGUGGUGGGAUUGUUCGAGAUCCUCUUGUUCACAAAGAGGUACUGGAUAGAAUAAUUUCAGGCGUGGAAGAGUUUGGGUUCUGUAAUAAAGGCUGGAUCGAAUCUCCCAUAAAGGGUGCAGAAGGGAACAAGGAGUUUCUUGCAUGCUUCCACAGGAUCCCAAUAUCAGAAUCUCAACCAGAAGUAGAGACAAAGACAGAGGCCGAGGCUACAUGGUAGGGAAUGCAGCUUGAAACCUGUAACCAAGGAUGAUAUAUCAAGUUAUCAACAAUCAGAACACGCCAUAAAGUUCUGGAAGCUCUGCAUGAUGUCAUGCUGGGAAUAGGAAGUUCUGUUGAUACAGUGUUAAAAAAUAGGCCGAUUAUGGUCAGUGAGAUACCUAUUAGAGAUACAAAAUUGGAAUACUUAAUUCUGAACUUCAGGGGAACGCUUGCUGUUCCCCGGGUGAGUAAGAACAAACACGCAGAGCGUGGUCAGCCUUUUGUUCGUCGUAGAGCGUCGUCACCUGAUUGUGCUAUACAUUAUAUACAUACAUUGGCCGGUCUGUUUCUUACUGAACACUGACUCGGGCAGUUUUUGUAUGUAAUUUGUUCAGGGGUCUCUCUUUCUCAAGCAAAAUUCACAAUAAUUGUUGGUUGCAA